AUGAACUUGCUCGUGCUGCUUCCUCUGCUCGGCCUGCUCCUGGUCGUCACGGCGGAGAUCGAUCCGCGACUCGUAGGGACAUGGACGACCAAGUCGCGGAAGGUCGUGACGGGACCGGGCUUCUACGAUCCGGUCAAUGACAAGCUGAUCGAGCCAUCGCUCACCGGCAUGUCCUACUCCUUCAGCGACGAUGGCUUCUUCGAGGAGGCUCAGUACCGCGCAGUCUCGAACCCAACGAACCCUGAGUGUCCGAAAGGAUACAUGCUCUUCCAGCAUGGGAAAUACGAAAUCCAUCCCAACGGCUCCCUCGUCUUGGACCCUACUUACUUCCAGGAUGACGGCCGCAAGUUGGAAUCAAACCCGUGCAAGGGAAAGAUGGCGACCUACUCGAGAAUCAACCAGAUCGAAACCUUCAAGAGAUACGAAGUCCAGCUCGACGAGUUCCACGGCAUACAACGACUCAACCUGUACGGACACGAUGGAGCACCGGUGAACCGCAUGUUCCUCGUCUACAAACCACCGCAGAUGCUGCCGACCAAGCACCUGAAUCCCACCGUGCACGCCUCCAAACGAAAGCGGGACGUCGUUGACGGACUGUUCAAUACUCCCUUGGACAGACAUUCUAUCCUACCACGACAGCUGCUCACAUCCGCCAAUAUGGACCGGUGGUGGUGGCUCGGCGUCGUUAUGACCUUUAUCGGCGGAAUUGCUCUCUUUUACUCCUAA